AUGACACACCCAGCACCAUUACAAGUCAACCACAUCGAUCUCAACGACGAACCCUCCCUCACCCGCUUUCUCAACGGCAUAGCCGCAGCCUUCACAAACACCCACCUAAGCCGCGCCUUCAUUACCGAAAUCGAUAAUACACCACCACCCUACCCCUCUCCCACCAUCAACACCUCCCGACUCCGCAGACACCUCAGCCCAGGCAUCACCGACGGCGCCCGCUCAGGCGCCGAACUCGUCGAGGCAGAGAACUUCUCCGCCCUAGCAGUAUGGGAAACGACCACAUAUCGUGGCGUGCCGUUUUCCGAGACCAUGCGCGAUGUGGGACCGAUACGCGAAGAGUGGAGGAGGAAGAUUCGAGAGUUGAAGGAGAGGUAUAUCGGGAUGAAGAGGAAAGAGGAAGACGGGACGGAGGGUUUCAAGCCAUUCUAUCAUCUGGGGUUUUUGUGUCGAAACCCCGAAGAGGUAAACGUGCAGGGUGCGAUUAGUGCGGUUGUGAGGCCCUGGUUGAGGAGGGCGGAGGAGGAAGGGGUACCGGUGUGGUUAGAGGCUACGUAUGAGCGUGCGGUGGAGGUAUAUGAGCAUUUUGGGUUUAGGUUGGUCGAGGUUGUUACGGUGGGUGAAGGGGCGAGGAACGCUGAGGGGUGGCCGGAGGAGGGUGGUGCGGGAGUGAAUGGUUAUGCUAUGAUAUAUGAUGCUCAUUUGCGGGUGAAUCAGAAUAACACAUAG